AAAAUAGGUGUGGUUUCUCUAACAAUGAAGUAUGUUUCAACAAGAGGUGGUUCCACUCCUGUCUCUUUCCAGGACGCUAUAUUGACUGGUCUUCCUUCUGAUGGCGGUCUGUACAUUCCUCAGUCGCUGCCAACUAUCAGCAAGGAUCAAUUAAAGUCGUGGGCUGGUUUGAGCUACACUGAGCUUGCUGAGAAAGUCCUAAGAUUGUUUAUUGGUGAAGAUGAGCUCUCCAACCAAGAGCUAUCAGAUUUAUUAAAAGGCUCAUUCUCAGCUUCUUUUCAUCACCCUGAUAUUGUACCGUUAAAGAGAGUCGGCCAUUACAACAUAAUGGAGCUAUGGCAUGGGCCAACUGGUGCAUUCAAAGACCUAGCCUUUGUACCCUUUGCCCGAUUCAUUGACCACUUUUUAAGAAAACGUAACAAGAAAGGGAUUGCUUUAAUUGGCACACUGGGAGACACUGGCUGUGCAGCAAUCAGUGCAUUCAAAGAGCUGGAAAAUACUAAAGUUAUAUGCCUCUAUCCCAAGUACAGCAUUAGUAUGCUACAGAGGCUGCAAAUGACGACAGUAAAGUCCCCAAACAUACUCAAUAUAUCCUGUGAGACUGACACAGACAAUUUCGAUGGGAUUAUCGUUAAGCUCAUGCGAGACAGAGAGAUAGCCUCCAAGUAUAACUUGCUCUGGGUCAACAGUCCUAAUAUAGGUAGGAUAGUCUGUCACACAGUCCAUCAUAUCUAUACUUAUCUUCAACUGUGCCCCUCUUGCGACAAAAGUGUCACCUUUUACAUUCCUUCAGGAGCCCUUGCAGACUCUGCCAGCGCCUAUCAAACAUCCUUGAUGGGUGUACCAAUCAACGUGGUGUCCACUGUCAACGAAAACGAUUUCUUUUUUCGUCUUUUUAAUGAAAAGAGGCUCAGCCGUCCUCUCUCCGUCGUGAAGACCUACUCAUGUGCAAUGGAUACAGUCUUCCCUCACAAUGUUGAGAGGGUAUUGUAUCUGUUAUCUGGCAGAGAUGGCCAGCUAAUAAACUCACUAAUGAAAGAGUAUUAUACUAGCGGGCGUGCAGAUAUACCCCAGAGCAUACUCGAUGCUGCUUCCACUGGAGCUAGCAGGAUACGAUCAGUUAGAGUUGGACAAGAUGAAGGAUUCACUGUAGCUAAGAGAAUUUGGGAAGAGGAAGGUUACCAGUUGUGUCCUCACACAGCUGUAGCUUUGGCAGGUCAAGAUAAAGAUAGAGAGAAGAGCAGUGAUGCUCCCAUUUCUGUUUGUCUGGCCACUGCAACUGCUGCAAAGUUCCAAGAGUUCUUGAACCAUUUGUCUAUACCAGUACCAGUGCAUCCUUGUGUAGAGGGACUAGAAGGGAAGGAGGAAGUAUAUCGUGAGAUGAAGAAAGGAGAGGAUUGGGAGCAGCUCCUGAUGCAAGCAAUCAACGACAUGCACAAAUAAUAAGUUUUUAUUUGCCUUUGCUGCUGUGUAGGUUAGGAUUGAGUGCAUCUAUAAUAGCUACUGUGUAUGCAUUAAUUUUCAAUUUUCUAAAUUAAUAUUUUAAACAAAAAAA